ACUUUCUUUCUUGUCCUCUCCGUAGCCCUCUCUUCCCCCCACCCCCUCUCCCUCUCUCUAAAACAAAACCUCCCACCCAAAGCAAAAUUAAAUCACAUCAAUCUCGCCGCCCCUUCCCGGGAAAUGGACGGAAAUAAAGACAGAAUGUUCGAUUCCGGUACCUUACAUGGCGGCGAAGACGACUCCGACCUGAGACGAGGCCCCUGGACGGUGGAAGAAGAUAUUAUUCUAAUCAAUUACAUCGCUAAUCACGGCGACGGCCGCUGGAAUUCCCUUGCUCGUUGCGCCGGUCUUAAACGUACUGGAAAAAGCUGCCGGUUGAGGUGGUUGAACUAUCUCCGGCCGGAUGUCCGGCGAGGAAACAUUACACUUGAAGAACAGCUCUUAAUCCUUGAACUUCAUUCCCGUUGGGGAAAUCGAUGGUCGAAAAUUGCACAACAGUUACCAGGACGAACGGAUAACGAGAUAAAGAACUAUUGGAGAACUCGGGUUCAGAAGCACGCAAAACAGCUGAAAUGUGACGUUAACUCUAAGCAAUUCAAGGACACCAUGCGAUAUCUAUGGAUGCCGCGUCUUGUCGAACGGAUUCAGGCAGCCGCCGUGUCCUCCGUCGCCGCUUCCGCCGUCGUUGACGGAAGUGGAUCGUACGGAUCAGUGACUCCGACGCCGCCAGCUUUGAUGAUGAACGGUGGGAGUGAUUUCGUCAGUACUCCACAAGUAACUCCGAGUUACACGUCGGAGAAUUCUAGCUCCGGUGGCGGUGGUGGUUCUUCAGAUGGGACGCAGGUUUCGUCCGUGUCGGAGUUGACGGAUUGCUACAAUAAUUUUAGUUGUAAUUUCCCGGCGGGUUACGAGCAGGAUGCGGGGGCGGGGGCGGCGUCGAUGCAGAGUCCAGCGGGUGGAUUAUUCUUUAACGAGGGGACAUUGGAUUUCCAGGCGAUGCAGCAGAGUAGUUGCGAGUGGAUGGCGGGGGACGGCGGUGUUGACACGUCGGAGAGCUUGUGGAAUGGUGCCGGAGCCGAUUACUUUUGGUUCUUGCAGCAGCAAUUGAAUUAACAGCAUCAAAAAGAGAAAUUAAAAGGGGAAAAUAUACAUAAAUUGUAGAGCUGAAGAUCAUGAUCUGAAAAAAAAAAAAAAAAUAGAAGAAUUAUAGGAAUUUACCAAGAACAGGGUCCAAUUUUUUGGAUUGUUCUUUCUUUUUUUUCUUUAAAGAAGUGUUUCUUUUAAAUUUCCAAUUAUUGGGGGCUUGGGGGAAUUUGUAUAAUUGAAUCUUGAGGGUUUUUUUUUUUUCUCUUUUUAAAUUUGUUAUUUCUAUAUCAUUAAGGGAGUGGUAGGCUGAUAGCUUAGGUAAGCUAUUACUUCUUCUUCAUUCCCACUUUCCUUAUCUUUUAAAUAAUUAACUUAUGGUUCCAUCGUAA